AUGGCGUACCAACACAUAAUAUCGAAACGUCUCGACCCAAUCUUCGCCAUCUCGAUAGGACUCGCCGCAGCCUUCACACGCAUAAAUCGCGAAGAAAAAGAGAAAGGACGGACAACACAGCAGAGCAUCGAUGUGGUGAAGAGAAGAUGGAACAUCGCAUGGCAGGGUGCUGCAGAGGAGACAAAGACUUAA